UUGAAAUUAGGUUAGUGUUAUUGCUCCAUUGGAGGCGAAUUUUUCGGACGUGCUGUUAAGUGCUAUGUUCAUAGAUAUUGCGAUUAUUUGCAUAGGUUUAAAGGCCCGGGGACAUUGUCCGUAAUCGUUAGUGUGAUUUUUGUGAACGCGUACGCCAUCUAGCGGCGACAGGUGGAAGCUAGAGGCUGGUAUAAUUUAUUUGUCAAAAAGUGUUUUGGGUCGAGGAGGCCUUAAUUUUACCCAAUGAUCAGUGGCGGAUUUAACAGUUCGCGGACUGAGCGGCCGCGGGGGCCCGUCAAUGUAGGGGUCCCGUGUAUGGUAAUUCCAGCAUAUAGAACAAUGUGUAGAGUAGUCUCAGCAAGAGCUUCUGUGCCAUGGAUGAAGGGACUCGUAAACUAUAGGGGCCCAGUAGAGGGAUCCUGUGCACCCCUCACCGUCAGCAAACCAUUAAAGUGUGUUUGAUUCAAAUCCUAAUGCAACAACAUGCCUCUCUCCCCCCCUCCCCCCGCUCAACACCAACCGGGGGGCCACCACUCCUUUUAACGCUUAGGGCCCCCAACAACCUAAAUCCGCCACUGCCAAUGAUGGAUAGAUAUUGGAAGAUGCGAAGAAAUGUUACCCAGCGCUUUGUAUGAAUGACUAUUAGUCGAACAACAACACUCAACGGCCUAAUUUGUAGCAAAUGGACGCUGAUCAACAUUUCAAACGGUAUACAGAUAGCCUGGUCGAAAAUUGAUGGGACACCAAGUAUGAAUUAUUUUCAUUCAUGAAUUAUUUUGAUUCAUGAAUUAUUCCGACCUCUAGCUUGCGCUGGUUCUCGCCAGAUGCGCUAGUGAAAAUAAAAAUUACUCUAGCGAGUACGGACAAUGCCUCCCGGCCUUGAUAGUUUAACGAUAAUUGAACAUAAUUUUGAGAUUGCAGCUACACAGCUUACAUAAUUUUAACAAACCGUCUGAUCGCAUCAAAUUGAGCACUACCACCACCUUUAAUGAUAUUGUCUCACCCCAGAUGAUGUGGAGUUGAGGUAAACAAGAAAAUGAAGAAUUGUACUAAAAUUAUUGACAUCCGCUCAAUCAAUUCGUUGUUAAUCCGUUUAUUUAAAGAGCUUUUUAUAAUUUUCAAUAGAAAUUGUCCUCUCCAAUUACGAGGUCGGUGUAUGGAUAACGACCCAAACAAGAUGAGAAAAAGUAGUAGUUAACGAUGUAACAUACUUGAACCAUUGAAUGUAUUGCUAAAUUGUCACAAAAUAAAACCUUCCAUUUGCGAUAGGCAAAUUAUAUGUGAUUAAGCAUUCCACCUGGUGGCUGAUAUCUUAAACGAAUUAUUAAUGUAUAGUGACAAUAGCCAGCCACCCAUUGUGCCGCGAACGUUUCCAAACUGUUCACUUUAUGUUGGAUUCAAAACUGUACAGACCAGUGAACACAAUUCCAUAAUAGAUCUCACAGUGUUUAGUGUUAAACAUUUACGAGCAGAUAUCUCAAGUGUGGUGAGCCGGCGUUUCGUUGCGAAUUUCGCUUUUGCAAUUAUGUAUUCAGUGACAAGUUUUAUUUGCAGCGCUUCUUUGCUGCUGAUAGUACCGUUGCUCUGUGCAGCAUUCAAGUUUUUGUGCGCUGACAUGACGUGUACCAUAAGGAACUGGUCUCCCAGCGAGGAAGGCACAUUUUUGCUUUUCCACAUCCCGAACGAAACUUAUUUGUUGACGCUUAUCAAUCUUAAAGCCAACACAUUCAACCUUGACACUGUGAACAGGGCGAGAAGCUAUGUAACCGAGGUCGAGAUAGAACGAUCUUCCGUCAAAAAGGUGGUAAUGCCGUCCGCCGCUACCAUAUCACGUCUGAAGCUCAAACAAACGUAUCUCAGCGAUAUUACGCUCGAAGUAGGCAAUGAAUGGUUAAGCUUUCUUACCAUUACCGACAGCCGGAUGAAAAGCGUUCCGGCCACGAUCGCGCAUCUGGUAGUUUUGGAGAUGCUCGAAAUAUCGAAAUCAUUCAUUGAAACGGUCAACUUGAAUUUGUUCAGCAAACUAACGCAACUGCGUCAUCUGAACCUGUGCGAUAACAAAAUACUGUUUCUUCAUCUGUCCGAUGCAGCUGGGGGCAAUUUCGCGCAGCUGAGUGACUUGUUUCUCAGUGACAAUCUGCUGACUACGAUCGACUUAAGCGGGUUCAGCAAUAUGAAGGUGUUGGAGACGCUAGAUCUCCAUAGCAACAGGAUCAGGCGAGUGCAAGGGGCGCUGGUGUCAAAUAACUUGAAAUUUCUCGAUUUAUCUGAGAAUCGUAUUGAGACGCUAGACUGUUGCGCAUGGAACAUUGCCAGUUUGAACCGGUUCAAGCUGAGUAGUAAUGAAUUGGUGACGUUGCCAAGCUGCCUACCGUUGACCAUGCCCAACGUAAAUUACCUCAUAUUCCAAAGGAACGCGCUGACCGAUGGUGAUUCGUGGUACAGCCUUUUUACGCUGGAAGGAUUGCUACAGCUAGACAUUAGCUACAACCGGCUAACGAAGGCGGUAUUCGACAUCGUUUCGCAAUCAUUGUUGGUUCUCGACCUGCAAAACAAUAACAUUAAAGUCCUGAGUGUUCCAGCGGCGGGCAAAGGUCUGAAGGUUCUGGCAUCCUUUAAUUCGAUCGAUACGUUCGAUAUCAAAAGCCUGUCUCCGAACGUUACGUUCUUGGAAAUGUUAGGCAACCCGAUCGACUGCACGUUCGAUCGAGCACGUAUGAGGAUUGGACAAGAACCUGUGUGCUACAUCUGUAAUACAUCUCAAAUACUAAAUUAAAUUGAUUAGAGUAAAUCAAUUGAGGGCAAUUUUGCGCAAUUUCAAGAUAUUUAGAGACGUUUUCAAUUUCAGUCGUCAUCUGAUCGAUUGAAGAGCAUGAGAUUGGCCAAUUAAUGGUACACAUUAUUUCUGCUUAAUAAAAUAAAGCGUAUAACAUGUAUGAACUAAGAUUUAGAGCGUGACCGCCCCAGUUACCAAGUGAGGCAUGAUCCUCCUUCCGAUUGUGCUGUGUGGCAUCUCGGGCUCGCUAUGUGAUUAGCUAGUAAGAGUCGUACUAUUACUACAGGUUGGCACACUUUUCGCAUUUCGCCAUAAAACUCCUCCAUAAAAGAUACACUAGAACACACUACACUACAUGUAGGUAAUAGAUUUUUAAAUAGGUGUGAGGUUUUUACUCGCUUCGACGUUUGGCCCGCCAAAAUGUGAUGUUUUUUCCGCAUGUUCCGUAUCUAGUCAGUAUUGAAUCAAAUUUGGUAGGCAAAAUUCUACUCAUAAGGUUAUUAAAAUGGUUCGUUUGAUUUAUUUUCACGUUGAACUUAAAAAUGUUGAUAGAUAAGAAAAAAGUACUUUUCGUAGAUGAUCUGAACAUGUUUAACUCGUAAUUUAGUGGCAUGUCGGUUCCUACAACCUUCUCUGGAUUAUGUCUGUCAGUAGUGCUAUGAUAACCUAUAUAUCUUUCUCUCGUUCACCCAACGCCAUCGUUUUCAACUAAGAAUUGGAUUCAAUUGUACUAAAUAGAGCCAAUGUUGGUCGUGACCUUGGCGUCCUUGUACAUCUUUUCAAUCAUUACAUCUAAAAUUAUUGUAGAUAUAGCAAUCGCUUAUGGCCUAGCCGAUCUAAGUAGUUAGGAAUAGUGUAAUAGUCAGUUGUAAUGAAACCACUAGCCAGAACGGACCUCUUUAGGUUAUGGACCCAGACAUGCAGAAAGAAGUGGAUGUUCAGGGAAUUCCACUGUUUUCCACAGCAGGAAAACGGAACACUUGGAAGUUUCGGGUCGAAGUGUAUUUGAAAACCUCGAUAGUGUGGGGCGCAGUUGUAAAGCGUUUUCCAGCAGCGGCUAGUGAAGUGGCCAUGUUUAAAAAAAAAUAACGACAAGAAAAUUUCUGUUGGUGAGCUUAAUUUCUGAUGAUUAUUUGGGAUGUAUUCGAGAAAAAUCCUCUACAAAGGAUAAGCUCUGAAAAAGACAUUCGAUAAGAUGUCGUCGGGAUGGUAGAUGGUGUUAAGGAAUCAGAUUGCUCGUCUUAAGUUAAAGGAAGGGACAUCGUUGCGCGCCUACCUUUAACAAUUUGAGGAUCUUGGGUGUUUUGCCAAUUGUUGCACACUUAAGGGAACAGCCAACGUAUUUCAUAUGUUUGAGAUGGAUAAAAUCACAAUAUUCUUGUGAUUUGUGUCUAGCAUACAUCAUUAUUGUUUCAAAAAUAUUUGCUACUGAAUAGUGAGAAUUAACUAUAUUUCUUUAAUUUCAAUCAUAAUAUACAGUUUAACUGGUUCACAGGGUGAAAUAAACCUUAAUUAGUGCGGCACAAUUCUUAGCGAUUAUGCCAGCGGUUAAGAAAUCCAUUCGUUUUUAUUAAAAUCAGACGAAAUAUUUUCAUUUAUGUUUGAAAAAUCGAAAAAGUGCUCUUAAAAAAUAUCUUAAUAUGCGGCAGAAAUGCUCAAUAUAAAAGGAAAAAUACCGGUUUUUAUUAAUGUUUUAUAAGUAUCUGGAUAAACAACAAUUUAUACGCAGUGUGCAAUAAUAGGGUGGUGUGCAGCAAUUGGCAAAUUACCCUAAUUCGUCAGCUGUAUGGGUAGUUGGAUCAAAACUUGAAUACAUUUACGUCUGCUCGGCAAUAUGUUUAACCCUUCUGGAGUCCUACGAUUCCCUGAAGACGGCAUUGGGAAACCUUCCCGAAUCUUUACUAACUUAUGAGUUAAUGAAGACCCGGUGGCUAGGCGACGAAUGCAAGCGCUUUGAUUGAAUGAAAAUUCAGAGGAGAAGCAUACGAAUUAUGCUACGACAUAUGAUGAGAAAUGGUGAUCAGCUUCAAUUCCUGCUGGAUGCAGGAGCCAGUGUAUGGUUAAUUUAAAGCAGUUUUUUCAUCCGUGAAAAUUUGAUUCAACAAGGAAACAGGUAGUUGACCAUUCGUCAAAUGAAGCAGAUCCAUCGCAAAAGGGUUUAGAUGGUACAUCUACUGGAGGUCAUGUGAGUGUCAAGUGACAUUCAAACAGUUUCGUAUGAUGCAGCUUGUUUUGACGCUAAUACCAUCUCGCUAGUCCUCCUCAUGGUUAUCCGCUGCUACAAUGAAAUGUAGCACUAAAUUGUGAGUAAGAGUGUUUGUUCUUUUUUAAAUGGAGACAAAAAACACAAACAAGUUCAGCAAAAUGACGGUUGGCAAUAAGACAAUUGCCACCAUCCCAAAGCUAAUUUUUGAUGGUCCAGUCUAUUUGUGGUGGGCUGCAGUACCAGGGGGACCACCGAUUUGGUUGAGUUUGGUGACUGAGGGGAGUGUUUGUUGCGUUAGCGUGGUGAAAUCGGCAUUUGCCCUUUGGAUAAGGACAUCAGCCUAAAUGUAAGGGAGGUGACACAUUAACGCCCACUGGCAGUCCAAAACUCAUGAAAUCAUACAAAAAUCGAAAAAAGCCGGGGCGGGAUGUGGAAGCCUCCACUCCACUUCCAGACAACUCUUUUCGGAUCAGAUAGCGGAGCAGAGAGUUUUGCUGCGCUUAUCGAUAAAUCAUUCCUCGGGGUUUUCUUCGGUAAGUGAGA